AUGCCAUUUUGCAAAAUAUUUUGGGGCACUGCUGCCUCUCUCUCCCCGAGCCAAAUCCCUCCUCCGCCGCACCUCCUCCCCCAUCCAUAUCCAGAUCCCUCCCCCACCCCUCCUGUCCACUCCCGCAGCCGACGCCCCACCCUCACCGUCGACGACCCAUGCCGCCGCCGCACACCACCGCGCCCUCCCCUCACCUUGGCCCAAUUUAAUCCAACCCUGCACGCACACCGCUGCCGCCGCCGUCUACCCCUUCCUCCCUCCCCUCCCUCACACCCAUGGCAUUCGCGCUCAAGUCCUCCACCACCCCCGCCAUCGCCACUCCCUCCUCGGUGGCGUUUCCCUCCUUCUCAGCCGCCUUCGCGGCGCCGAGGGGCCGCGCCGGCGUGGCCAAGAGAGUCUCUCUCUGCGGGGCCACUCCCGCGACCUGCUACCCCGCGCCUACGUCAACUCCGGUGCUGCUCCACCCGCGCCCGUGCGACCCGCCGCUCCCGCCCCGGCGCCGACGCCGAGGCUGUCCCCGCCCACCAUGACUUGGAUGCCAAGUGGAAUGCCUGCCUCGACCUCUCCAUCCGUCGCAUUGCCUACGCCCCUCGUGGUGAAGCUGGAUCUGGGCGAUGGAGGGGCGCUGCAGCAGUGGUUCGGCGUCGUAGUAGCUUUGUGGCGGAUCUGCGGCGAUGCCGUCGGGCCUUCGUGUGUGUCCUGGUCGCGCUCCUCUGCCUCUUCUAUGACGCCGCCUUCGGCCUUCGGCUCCGGGCUUCGCAGGCCGAGGCGCCCGUCCCCGCCGACCUCGCGCUCUCCUCCCUCCCGAUCUGCAUACCCCAGCUAGUGUCGCUUCGUGCUAAUGGUGCCUGGUUCGAUUUGCUGACUCGGUAUGCUGUGUGUGCAGGUGUGAGACGCGAGGCACUCAGAGCUGAUCUCGUGCCUGGAACGGGGCCUCCAGCACCAGCCCGCCCACGCCCCGCCGCCUCAACUGCCUCAUCCCCCUGCCCGCUGGCUACCUGUGUUUCAAGCGACUUCAUAGCGAGUACCAGGAGAGGAGAUGAAUCUGAGGGCGAUGUCACAGCAGGAUAUAUCUCGUGCAAGGCUCUGGUUCUUUGAGGGCCAGAAGAAGAUCUUUCUUUGUAGUGAGAUCUCACUUCUUCCACGGAUACAAGAGGAGCGCUGCUGAUCUGAUGCUACGGGUUCUGCAAAACAACCCUGACAUGUGGCUGCAAGUGGUGCACAUCCUACAGAAACCAAAACCUCAACACGAUGUUCCCUCGAAAUAUUGGCCUUCAUUCUUCAUAAGUUGGGUGCACAGGAGCUCUAGGAAGAAGAAUCCUAAAGAAAAACCACACCCAGCAAUGCGUUUUAGCUCGCUGGAGCUAGUUAUGUGUUGUGUAUGUUUAGUUGUAUUUUAUAGCUGAAUACCAGAUCUGUACUAUGUAUGAUUGUAAUGUACUUUGCUUGGCUGUUGUAUGAAAUAUUAUGCCUUAUUGGCUCUUUGAAUCAAAUUAUCUAAUUGCACAAAUA